AUGGGAUUUCUGUCACCCAUCGAUCGCUUAAAGAUGCAAAUUUCAUGUAAACGUUUUCAAGAUUCCAAUCUUGCAUGGAAUGAUAUUAUUGCCAUAGAUGUUCGAUCUGACGUCUAUACAUACGGAGAUUUUCAACAAAAACGUCCUUUUCAAUUAGUUUCUUCGAGUGUUACUUCAAAAAUACUCUAUCAUAUAAAGCUUAUUAAUAAAGACGGUAAAGUGUUUCGCUUGAGAAAUACAAUUGAAAAAUUUGGGAAUAAGUCAAUGGAAGUUAUGUUCCUAAGACUUACAUCGCUAGUGGAGAUUACUAUUUGGGAUUGUGCACUGGGUGAAGAAUUUAACGGUACUUUAAAAUUCAAAAAAUCUAAAAUUUAUAGUCCAGCUAAACGUCUUCUCAAUACUUUAUUUUCACGACCAAAUCUAUCAACGAUAUUUAUUCUGGAUUCUUGCGAUCAAAUCAAUGUUUCUUACAAAGUUGCCUUUCCACGAUCUAUAGUUGAAUAUAUUAAAGGACCUGUGGCUAAUUUUCAACUGACUGGUUUAUAUAUAUCAUGGCGCACAUUUGACGCAUUGUGUAAUAAAUUAAGUGGUUCAUUGAAAAGAUUGGCAAUCGGUUGCACUUAUGGGAAAAAUUCAAGGCGUGAUCGUUAUAUUAGAGCUCUCGAGAAAUUGGAGAAAUUAGAAGAUAUCGAUAUACCUCCAUAUGUAUUUCAUCUGGGUGAUUCAGUAGAAAUCGACAAAAGGAUUCAAAGAUUAUUCCAGACAUUACCUUUAAUAUCAUUAGGUUUUCGGCAUUACAAUUCAGCCUCAUUAUUCCAGUACAUUGAGUUCCAGUUGCCUCAAAAUAUUCGACUUCUCAGGAUUCACCACAACAAAAAUCGCAUACCAAAUUUUGCGCAACUUGGCCAGCCGCAAUUGGAAUAUAAGUCUGUUUCAAGAAAAACUUCUUGGCUAAGUUCUCGACAAACAUGCAUGGGCUCCAGUUCAUCAUAUAAUAGUAUCGCAAGUGGAACGAAUGAUGAUUGUAGCGUUCAUCGUAGAAGUUCUUGUGCAUCAAAUGGUUCAAUCACCAGUCAAACGACCGCUCAAAGUGAAAGGAAAAAUUCGAAUAUUUCACUUCAGUUUCGAAAUUUAACAAUAUUCGCAAUUCAAGAAACAGUCCGGAGAUCAAUGAUUGAAAAUAUUUCGAAAAUAGACCGGCGGUACUAUGCAGGGGUUCAAAUAUUUUAUAUAAAAGAAAGUUUGAAUAAUCAAGAAAUGUUGGGCCGAAUGGCAUCACCAAUGCAUUCACCUUAUGUUUAUUCUAAAUCAAAUAAACGAGAAGUUCGAAUAAUUAAAGGCGAUCUUGUACGACCAAUACCGUUAUCUAGCCUUGGCAUGGAAAGUGACUAUGAAAUGUCUGAUUGGGAAGAUAAUUUUUAA